UGUUCGUCAUAGUGACGUUGUGAUCGAGCUGCUCCUCUCCCUCUCUCUCGGUUCAGAACAGCGCGUGCCUCAGAACCCUGAGAUAAGCGGCUGUACGCAGCGCCGGUACCGGGACGCGGCUCCAACAGAUCAACACUUGAAGAGAGCGACAGAGUGGAAACGGUCAAACGACUAUUGAUGCGUCCUGCUCGAUUUUUUUUUAAACUCUUCUUUUGUUCAUAGUGUAAUGUAGACUUCAAGGGAUUCGAUUUUUCUUUGAAGUGUAAACUUUAACAACCACUUUUUAAAUCAUAAGGGAAUCAAACCGCAAUAAUGAAUGACAUAAAACUUGCGGUUUUGGGAGAUGAAGGAGUCGGGAAAUCAGCUCUCAUCGUUCGAUUCCUGACGAGGCGAUUUAUCGGUGAAUAUUCCUCAUCAUCCGAAUGCAUAUACAGGAAGCGUCUGUCUAUUGAUGGUAGACAGCUGAAUCUAGAACUCUAUGAUCCAUGCUCACAGGCCUGUGAGGGGAAGUCGACUCUGACCGACCAGAUCCACUGGGCUGAUGGCUUCGUAGUGGUCUAUGACAUCAGUGACCGCUCCUCCUUCAUCAAGGCUAAAGCCAUAGUACACCUGAUCAGAGAGUUAAACCUGGGAGUGGCCAAAAGGGAUGCAGACACUCUGGUGUUCCUGGUGGGUAACAAGCAGGACCUGUGCCACGUGAGGGAGGUGCGUCGAGAGGAAGGCCAGCGCCUGGCAGCCGAGUCCCAGACCCAGUUCUACGAGCUCUCAGCCGCAGAACACUGCCAGGAAGUGGUCCUCAUGUUCUCGAAGAUGGUCCACAACGCCAGCCUUGGGGGCAAGGCCAAGGAGAGGAGACGGAGACCUAGUGGCUCCAAGUCCAUGGCCAAACUCAUCAAUAAUGUCUUCGGGAAGCGGAGGAAAUCGGUGUGAAAGGGGAGAUGGGAAAGGUCAAGUGUUUACCCCAGGCCUAAAGAAGCCUUGUUACUUCGU